AUGUCAUCAGGCAGCAAAGCUUCGGCCGGCGGAGAUUCCGCCAAGACGGCCACCAAGCGACUCAUCAAGGAGCUCGAUAUAUGGCGCAAGGAGCAGCCUCAAGAACAGGGCAUCGAGCGGCUCGAGCCCAUCUCGGAGGAAAACCUGCUCGAGUGGCAGGCCGUCAUCAACGGACGCGGCGUCGGUUGCGGAUACGACGAAGGCCGCUGGUUGCUCACAGUCAGCAUCCCCCCCGCGUACCCUCUCCAACCUCCCAAGAUACAGUUCGUGACGGCGAUUGUGCACCCCAACAUCGCGCUGCACACGGGUGAAAUAUGUCUCGACCUGCUCAAGGAUGCGUGGACCCCCGCUUACAGCAUCCUCGAGUGCGUCCGCGCCAUCCGUAUGCUUCUCAGCUGCCCCGAGACCGACUCCCCGCUCAACGUCGAUAUCGCCGCCCUGCUGCGUCAAGGUGACGUCCUCGGCACCCGCAGGCUUGUCGAGAGCUGGUGCGCCGAAGAAGGGGGACGCUACGACGGACAAUGA